AUGACUACUUUGUUUCAGGAGAUUUUGAAUGAAAAGCUAACUUCAUCUAUGCUGAUAUUUGUGAUACUAUCAACAACCGAAGCAUAUUUCCCUAAACUACCACAACCACAAUCACGGCCACAUCAUCCGUAUCAACAGCGUUCAGGAGCACUACUUUGUCGACUAUCUGACACUGUAUUCUGUUCUCCACCUUUGCUACCUUGUUCACCACCAAAACCAUCACUCCGUCCUCAUUUACCUCCACUGUGUCGUCCAGUAGUUUUUUAUCCUGCUACAUCACCCUGUCCAAUCUUUUGUUCUCCCUUACGACCAUGUUAUCCACUAGUACCUUGUCCCUUAUCACGCUCAUUAUUUCCACUCUCCUCUCCUAGUCCGCCAGCAGCUUCACCACCUCAGCAUCAUAAUGACAUAAAGUCCACCAGCGCCAGUUCUUCGAAGUUUACAUCCUACAUGGAUGGGAUAUCUGGAAGCUAUCAAAAUAGCUAUAAAGCCCAAUUAUUUAAUGAUGGUUACCUUAUGAAUGAUACUGAAGAUGUAGCCGGUUUACUUGUACAUUCCUCUUUCCCAGAGAAAAGUACUACCGGUGCAACAUAUCGUAUCUAUCCAUCAGAAACUUUAAAUAUAACAAAUCCAGAAGCAACUGAAUUACUUCCAUCCGAUCAGCAACUCAAUUAUCCAUCUGAUGUUUAUUCAUCAACCUCAUCACAACAACAGCAACCUCAAAUAGUAAUUGCCGGGAAGGAUGGACUUGGUGCUGAAACAACAAAGAGCGCCCAGAAACAUGAAACUAAAUACCUGAUAAAAAGUAAUUGUUCGUUGAAUGGCAGUAAAUGUGGUACCGAUGAUUUCACCGUACCACCAGAGAAUGACUGCUGCACAAACUGUUCAAUUCCAUGUCGUUUUCGGUAUGUAAAAAGAACAUCAUUUGGCAACGAUCAACUUCAAGAAGUGGAUCCGGUCUGCAAUAAUGAAUUAUUGAGACAGAUAAUCACUGGACAGACGGAUGACAAUAUCAAUAAAUCUAAAAAUCGAAUAGAACGAACAGCAAGAUGGCUUCUUGGGGGAUUAUUUGGAGUGAUCUGCGGAAACGGCAAUUUUGCCUAUAUAAUUCAGACGAAGGAUUUUUGUCAACAUCGAAAAGGAAACGUUACCUGCUAUAUUUUUCGAUCAUUAACAGAUCAUAGUAAAAGUAAUAUCCUGUAA